AUGAAGACUUCAGGUGAUCGAAAUGGUGCUGGUAGUUCUCAAGAGCCACCCCCGUCUCGUCGGACUGAAAGCAGAGUCCAAAAGCUUCGACGAAACCCGAGACCGAUGGAAAAUCCUUGCAAUACAAAGAAGAGUGGCCGCACCCGGUCUUCGGAUCACGUUCCCAAGCCACAUCCUGAGUGGACUCUGCAGAAGGCGAUACUGGCAGCGAAUAAUACAGUCAUCGGUAUCCCUGUAUUGAAUAAUGUCCUGAACGAGUACGGUAACAGUGCGGUGUAUGGCAGCGCCGUUGAAUAUACGGAGACUAUGAUGAAGAUUGAUAGCGAGGGUAGUCCUGGAAAUAUCGAACGCCUCGAGAUCCCCUCAAGGCCUUCGGAAGAACUCCCCCUCAGUAACGUCUCUAUCUUCAAUGGCGGGUCUGGGAGCCUCCCCACCUCUUCCCUUGAAAUCAAAAGUUUCUUCAUCGAGACCCUCCCUCUGGGCCCAACGAGAUUUUAUAAAGGUCCAGGCCAAAAUUUCCCUGCAGAUUGCGGUCGCGGCCCAACCGUGGACCCGUAUGGAAAUCCUAUCCACCCAGGAGACAACUUCCCAAGGCGAGCGUACGGCAUCAGAGACCUCAAUGUCGAUAUGAUUUUUCCGACUGGCGGCACCCAUACCGUAGGGGGAGGAGGGAGAAAGGGGGCCCAAAGCAUCGGGGUUAACUCAUUAGAUACGACAAUGAGUAACGGGACUACUUCAGACCGACCGCCCUUGAUUCCUUACAGGCACCCUAUCCUCUUCGUUGACGUCGAGAGAACUUUUGAUAUGUCUGCAACCGAAGACAUGCUCGACGCAAGCGAGUCGGGGAUGCCAUACACCCACUAG